CGUGUUUGGUGAUUGGCGUCGUGCUACAACGCCUUUAUCUCGGGUAAGAAAUGGACUGUCGGCGACCAUGAAGACAGAUUUCAAGUUUUCCAACCUACUUGGGACGGUUUACUGUAGGGGCAACCUUCUGUUCAGCCCUGACGGCACCCAUUUGUACUCGCCUGUCGGCAACCGAGUUACUGUCUUCAACCUCGUCGACAACAAGUCUUACACCCUCCCGUUCGCUCACCGGAAGAACAUCGCGAGGAUAGGCCUGAACCCCCACGGCAACCUCCUCCUGUCGAUCGACGAAGAUGGCCAGGCCGUCCUGACGCACGUUCCGCGUCGCGUUGUACUCUAUCACUUUUCCUUCAAAUCGCAUGUGACAGCGCUUUCAUUUUCACCAUCGGGCCGGCAUUUUGUGGUUGGGUUGGGAAGGAAAAUUGAGGUUUGGCACGUUCCCUCGACGCCAGAUUCCAACGCCGAAGGCGACCUCGAGUUUGCGCCCUUCGUGCGCCACCACACCCACACACAACACUUUGACGAUGUCCGGCAUAUCGAGUGGUCGAGCGACUCGAGGUUCUUCCUCAGCGCCUCGAAGGACCUGACGGCCAGGAUAUGGAGUCUCAACCCGGAGGAGGGCUUCACGCCCACCGUCCUGUCAGGCCACAGGCAGGGAGUGGUGGGCGCUUGGUUCUCCAAGGACCAAGAAACAAUCUACACCGUCAGCAAGGAUGGCGCGGUCUUUGAUUGGCAAUACACCGUGAAACCCGGUCAGGAAGAGGAUGAGAUGGUGGACGAGGCGGACAUGCAGUGGCGGAUCGUCAACCGGCACUACUUUAUGCAAAACGCCGCGACCGUCCGAUGUGCAGCCUUCCAUCCCGAAUCGAACCUGCUUGUCGCUGGUUUUUCGAACGGUAUUUUCGGCCUGUACGAAAUGCCCGACUUCAACAUGAUUCACACCCUCAGCAUCUCACAGAACGAGAUCGACUUUGUUACCAUCAACAAGAGCGGAGAGUGGCUGGCGUUUGGCGCUUCCAAACUGGGUCAGCUGCUGGUGUGGGAAUGGCAGUCCGAGUCGUACAUCCUGAAGCAGCAAGGGCACUACGACUCGAUGAAUGCCCUCGUCUACUCGCCUGACGGCCAGCGCAUCGUCACGACCGCAGAUGACGGCAAGAUCAAGGUCUGGGACAUCGAAUCAGGUUUCUGCAUCGUAACAUUUACCGAGCAUACCAGCGGUGUAACGGCGUGUGAGUUCGCGAAGAAGGGCAACGUCCUCUUCACGGCGAGUCUGGACGGUUCUAUCAGAGCCUGGGAUCUAAUCAGGUUUCGGAACUUCAGGACAUUCACCGCCCCCGAGAGGUUGUCAUUCUCCUGUAUGGCGGUUGACCCCAGUGGAGAAGUUGUCGCUGCAGGAUCGAUUGACUCCUUUGAUAUUCACAUUUGGUCUGUCCAAACGGGCCAGCUCCUUGACCGGCUUUCGGGCCACGAGGGCCCGGUCUCGUCGCUUGCCUUUGCCCCGAACGGCGGCCUUUUGGUGAGUGGCAGCUGGGACAGGACGGCAAGGAUAUGGUCCAUCUUCAACAGGACACAGACCAGCGAGCCUCUGCAGCUGCAGUCCGAUGUUCUGGAUAUUGCUUUCAGACCUGACUCGUUGCAGAUAGCCAUCUCGACGUUGGAUGGCCAGUUGUCUUUCUGGUCUGUCUCGGAAGCUCAACAGGUCUCGGGGGUGGACGGCCGUCGCGAUGUUUCAGGAGGACGGAGGAUCACGGACCGAAGGGCAGCUGCGAACGUGGCUGGAACCAAGAGCUUCAAUACCAUCCGCUACAGCAUGGACGGGACUUGCCUCCUGGCGGGCGGAAACAGCAAGUACAUCUGCCUGUACUCGGUCACCACCAUGGUGCUUCUCAGGAAGUUCACCGUGAGCGUAAACCUGUCGCUCUCGGGCACUCAGGAGUUCCUCAACAGCAAGCUGCUCACCGAGGCAGGGCCGUCUGGGCUCCUUGACGAGCAAGGCGAAGCCUCGGACUUGGAGGACAGGAUAGACAGAUCUUUGCCUGGCUCCAAGCGCGGCGACCCUUCGGCCAGAAGGAAGAUGCCGGAGGUGAGGGUAACAGGCGUGGCAUUUUCGCCAAGCGGCACCUCCUUCUGCGCAGCGUCCACGGAAGGCUUGUUGAUCUACAGCCUCGACAGCAUCGUCCAGUUUGAUCCGUUCGAUCUCAACAUGGAGAUCACGCCCGCCUCAACGCUCGCUGUGCUCGAGCAGGACAGUGACUACCUCAAGGCGCUCGUCAUGGCGUUUCGCUUGAACGAGGCCGGGCUAAUUCAACGCGUCUUCCAGGCGAUUCCGUACACGGACAUUGGCCUGGUUGUCGAGCACUUUCCGACAGUGUAUGUGGCACGGCUCCUGCGUUACGUGGCCGCCCAGACGGAGCAGUCGCCGCACGUCGAGUUCUGCCUGCUUUGGAUCAAGGCGCUAGUGGACAAGCACGGCGCGUGGCUAACGGCCAACCGAGGCAAGGUGGACGUGGAGCUCCGGAUUGUGGCGCGAGCCGUGGCCAAGAUGAAGGAUGAGAUCAGGCGGCUGGCUGACGAGAAUGUCUACAUGGUGGACUACCUGCUUGGCCAAGCGAGGGACAAGCCGGUUGGCGGUGAAGCUGGCGCCGUGGAUGGCGCUGCCAUGAAAACAUUGCCGCCGUCCAAGGAGGUGACCAUACACGACAUCAUGCAGGAAGACGCUGUGAGCGAAGACGAGUGGAUAGGGCUAGAAUAGGUAGGAGGCGCGGAAAGGCGUCUGGGAAUACAGGUUAACACCAUGCAUGGUCUUGAGUCCACUUCCAUCCAUCAGCAUGUUGAUCCAGGUUCAGCCUCCCGGCCUAGAGAUUGGGGACAUCCUGCCACCAGUCAGCCUGUGCACUCCUCGUCAAUCCGCUCACCCGGCAGACAUACCUUCCAAGCCUCGUCAAACCCACAACUGCGCACCCAGUGUAGCCCCGGCGG